AUGGCGCGUCAUUCACUCGACCUACCUUCUUCGACUAAAGCGACGGACUCUCAAACUCCAAAGGAGCCGCCUGUUACAUGGUCGUCCUUGCCGCAUAAAUCGCAACUUUUAAUUCUCGCAGCAUGCCGCCUUUCCGAGCCCCUCAGUAAUACAUGCCUUCUCCCAUAUCUGUAUUAUCUAAUACGGUCGCUUGACACUGGUGACGGCAAGGAUGGACAUAAAUCCUCCAACUCCUCAAUAUCUCGAAGGGCGGGCUUGCUCGUGGCAGCGUUCGCACUGGCCCAAUUUGCAACCAGUAUGAUUUGGGCGCGCCUGGCAGAUAGAUAUGGCCGAAAGGUCGUUAUCGUUUACCCAUUGCUUGCUUCAAUUAUCGCGAACUUGGGCUUCGGGUUUGGGACCACGAUACCUAGGGUGAUGUUCUGGAGGUUGAUCGCUGGAGUUGCUAACGGAAACAUCGGAGUUAUGAGGACCAUGACCGCCGAAAUCGUGAAAGAAAGGAAAUACCAGUCACGAGCUUUUUUGUUACUCCCAUUGGUCUUCAACAGCGGUAAUAUCGCCGGCUUGGCUUUGGGCGGCCUACUUGCGACGCCCACAAAAAGUCUCCCCUGGCUAUUUGGUGGUGUGAAAUGGAUGGAGAAAUACCCCUUUGCCUUACCGACGAUGGUCAACGCUAUGGUUCUGAGCUUCGCUUUGAUCCUCGCAAUCGGAGGACUAAAGGAGACCCUUCCUUCGAAAAUUGGACAAAGAGAUUUAGGGCUUGAACUCGGGAGGCGGUUUACACGCUUGAUACUACGACUACGGGCUCACGGCUAUCAGACACUAAACGACGAUGAAGAAUCGAAGACAGAGCUCAGUUCAUUUUCUUCGUCGCGACAACCCGCGCCAGCUACCCCGGGCGUAAUCUCCCCGCCGGUCACUCUCAAGACGAAAGCCAUUGCGGUAACGCUGGCUGGAUUCACAUUUCUCCCAUUCCACAAUGCUGCCUUUAUGCAACUAUUUCCUAUUUUCAUGUCCACGCCAUUUAACAAGAACAACGCCAACCAUGAAGCACAUGGGCUUUUCUUCACCGGUGGACUAGGCUACGACUCCUCAACCGUCGGCCUCUAUCUAUCUGCAUUCGGUUGCUCCGGAAUUUUUCUACAGAUGUUCAUAUACCCGACCCUCCAAGCGAAAUUCGGUACUCUCAAGAUUUUCCAAUUCGCCUUUGUAAUGUUUCCACUGAGUUACAUCCUUACUCCAUAUGUUCUUCUUCUCGAAGGGCCCACAGCCCGAGGAACAGCCAUUGCCUUCGUAUUGUUUCUCCAAGUCAUAGCCCGAACCCUCGCUAUUCCUAGUUCUGUGAUCCUACUCACAAAUGCAGCUCCAUCUCCAAAACUUCUUGGAACAUUACACGGAAUCGGAAACAUGCUAUCUUCACUUGCUCGGGCGGUCGGACCUGCCCUUGGGGGGUGGAUCAGUGCAAAGGGCAUGGAAAUAGGAAUGGUAGGUUGUGUCUGGUGGACUUACCUGACUGUGAUUGCUGUCUUAGGGGUAAUGGUAAGCUGGAAGAUGGAAGAAGGGAAGAGUCCUCAUGAGAGAGUGCAAAGUCUCAGACGGAAAGAAGACGAUUAA